GCGUCCCCUCCCUUUCCCUCCGCCCGCCCCGCCCCCGGCUGAAGGUCAGCCGCGCUUUGUUCGCGCCGCGGUCUCCUCGCCGUCCUCCCGCGCGCACGUGGAGCUGGACGCUGUGGCUCCCGCCGCGCGGAGCGCUUGAACCGAACGAACGGGACGGGGAUAAAAGCAUUCAGAUGGCAGAUAACAGUUUUUCAGAUGGGGUUCCUGCAGAUUCUAUGGAAGCUGCUAAAAAUGCAAGUAAUACAGAAAAGCUCACAGAUCAGGUGAUGCAGAAUCCACAAGUCCUGGCAGCUUUACAGGAACGCCUUGACAAUGUCUCUCACACUCCUUCCAGUUACAUUGAAACAUUACCCAAAGCAGUCAAGAGGAGAAUCAAUGCACUGAAGCAGCUUCAGGUGAAGUGCGCACACAUAGAAGCCAAGUUCUAUGAAGAAGUCCAUGAUCUGGAGAGAAAGUAUGCAGCAUUGUAUCAACCUCUGUUCGACAAGAGAAGAGAAUUCAUCACUGGUGAUGUGGAGCCAACAGAUGCAGAAUCAGAGUGGCACAGUGAAAAUGAAGAGGAGGAAAAGCUGGCUGGAGACAUGAAAAGUAAAGUAGUCGUAGCAGAGAAAGAAGAAGCAGCAGCUGAAGAGCCAAAUCCCAAAGGAAUCCCCGAGUUCUGGUUUACCAUUUUUAGAAAUGUGGAUAUGCUCAGCGAGCUAGUGCAGGAAUAUGAUGAGCCAAUCUUGAAACAUCUGCAAGAUAUUAAAGUGAAAUUUUCAGACCCUGGGCAGCCUAUGUCUUUUGUAUUAGAGUUCCACUUUGAACCCAAUGACUACUUUACUAAUCCAGUCCUGACAAAAACAUACAAGAUGAAGUCAGAGCCAGACAAGGCUGACCCCUUUUCCUUUGAAGGUCCUGAAAUUGUGGACUGUGAUGGGUGUACUAUUGACUGGAAGAAAGGAAAAAACGUUACAGUAAAAACCAUCAGGAAAAAACAGAAGCAUAAGGGUCGGGGCACUGUUAGAACAAUUACUAAACAAGUGCCCAAUGAAUCAUUUUUCAACUUCUUCAACCCGCUGAAAGCCUCUGGGGAUGGCGAAUCACUGGAUGAAGAUUCUGAAUUCACGUUAGCCUCAGAUUUUGAAAUCGGACACUUUUUCCGUGAGCGGAUAGUGCCACGGGCUGUGCUCUACUUCACUGGGGAGGCCAUAGAGGAUGAUGACAAUUUUGAAGAAGGCGAGGAAGGAGAAGAGGAGGAAUUGGAAGGUGAUGAGGAGGGAGAAGAUGAGGACGAUGCUGAAAUUAACCCCAAGAAAGAGCCCAGCCAGCCGGCAGAAUGCAAGCAGCAGUGAGGAGUGGCCACCUCAGGGAUGGCCGUCAGGACCCCGCUGUGGCAGGGCCUCGGGCCAUGCUGCAGCACACAUAUGGACAGUGCUUAUAACGGCUAACACGUUUUCAAGUGCAUGAUUUCACUUUCACUUUUCCUUUUUUCCUUCUUAUUUUGCUUAACUUGUACAGUGGCAACAGAAAUGCAUUUCAGAAAUAGGAGGUUUAGUUCUAGCACCCUCUGUGGCCUUGGUGCUUGCAGCCCUGGACCUGCUUAGGCCCUGCCCUUUAGAAGGUCCAUACAUCACAGGGGUUGGGGGAGUCACUCCUGGAAAAGACAGAGGUCUGGAGACUCCGUUUCAGGGCUCCUGGAGCCUCUUCUUCCACUUCUGCAGCCUGGCUGAGUUCCUCCCUUUGACAGAGAAACCCCAGUUCCCACCACUGAUCCUGCUGCUCGGAAGCUGCUUCAGCCAUUCUAUCCUGAUCAUCUCAGAAGAGCUGAGGGGAGUAAGGCCGUGAUUCCUCAGAGGGUUUUUCCUUGUGUUUUAGUUUGCUAGGGGUUGGGUGGGUUGUGGUACACACCUUCUCGGAGGCGGGAGCUCUAGUGAUACCCUUGUAUUUAUUUAUUCGUUGUGCUUGGAGGACUUUGAACUUAGUUGCUCAUCCUUACCAUUGAUGAAACCAGGAGGAGGAUGUGCUGUCUCCUAGCAGGAGCAUGGCCUGUGCUGCUUCGUGCAGCCAGCUGCGGAGGGCAAGAGCUUGUUCUAUGACAUGCAGGCCACAUGUUGCUGUUGGAAGGUCUUUGGGGAGGAAGGGACUGCAGACUACAGCUUUUGAACCUGAUGUGUGAAUGUUACAUCCUGCUUUCUUGGCAACCCCAUUUCUGGACGCCACCACUCAUUUGUCCUAAGAGCCCUGGGUUUUGUGUGACUGGUUGGCUGGUGUAUGGGGUUUUCGAGUAUGUGGCAGUGAUCUCUGGCACCUGGGGACAGCUGUGUCCACGUUGACCAGGCAUGUAGAGAGUGCUCAGCCUUACUGAUUACACAUUUGUAACUGAAUACGGUGUUUUCAAUUUGUACAGAAUAGUUAGAAUGUUCUAUUAAAGUUGUGAAACAUGAAGCUGGUACUAUGUGGGGUCUCUAUGCGGCCGUGGCUCCUCUUGACAGGUUAAAAGUAGACACACCCUGCUGGGCUGUGAGCCCCUAUUGUAGGUGAAUCCAAGACUGCAGUCAUCUGGCUUCCCAUUUUGUCAUUGACGCUUUGAAAGCUCCUCUUUAGGGGAAGGCUGUGUUUAGUUUCCCCACAGAUCUGCUGUCUCCUGCCCUUGCAAGCCCCUCUGAUAUGGAGCAGGUCCUUGGUUCCUGUAUGGAGAGGUGUACACCGUGACCCCAGAGCUCAUGGGCUGCAUCUUGUGGCCCCAGAAGAGUCCAGAGGGAGGCUCUUUCACGAAGCCCAUACAGGAAGUCACCCUGAGGUCUUUUCCUGCCAUCUCUUCUUAAUGAGAGGGAAGAAUGCCAACCAGAAAUACCUGCUACACAAGCUCUUGUUCAGUGACAUAACCUGGGGAGUCUUAGCCUUGGCAGUACCCAGCUGAGCUGAAACUGUCCAGGAGAAGGCAGCUGUGGGGUCAGCUUGCACCUCUCCACAUGGCCAGGCUGCCCUUCUUCCUGCUGUGGUCCCUGGCCUGCCUGCAUGACUGGCUUCUCCCUGGGAAUAGCAAGAAGACAGAGGGUCCUGGUGGCCACCAGAAGGACUCGGGGAACCGGAUACAGGCCUAGAUGUAAACAUGCUGGCAGCAUGCCCCCAAGGGCAGCAGAGCAGGACACCCCACUCCUUGUCUGCAUCUCAUGAAGUGCCAGAGGAGCUCUGGCAGCCUGUGAGCUGGGGCACUGCCCCUGACUGCCCACUUGUGUUGUGCUGGGGUGGGUGGUCACUGACCAGGGUGGCACAGGCUCUCCGUUUCCCUUGAGUGUUUAAAGCCACCCACUUGUGAACAUGUGGUUCACGAGUUAGAGCCCAGAAGUAACUGCACGAAGUGAUGUGCUUGGUAAGGCUGGUGAGCCACUUGGCCUGCUCACAGCUAUGCUGAGGGCUUUGCCAGGAGCAUCGCUCCGUCUGGCCUCGCUUAGUGUGUACCCCACACCUGAUCUGUUUGACAGCUCCCUGUCAGGCCUGAACCUCUGUGCCAUGCACCGAGUGAGACUCAAUUCAUCUGCGGCUGCGUCGGCUGUCCUGCCACGCUGACUGGGGACCGCAGGGAGCCACCUGGAGAGUAGCAAUGACCACAAAGGUGCCGGGCAGCCACCUUAGAGCUGCUGCCUCGGGUGGCCUACUCAAAACCCCUCCCAGCUAGCGGGAGCUUUACUUCCUUGCCUUUAUGUCUUUUACUUUCUUGCCUUUUAUAUUUUUUUAAAUAAAUUUGCUUAUACCCUAA